AUUUAUACCCCUUUAGAGAGAGGGAGCAAAGGUGAACCUUUUGAUAUGUUAUGAGGGUAAACACCGCGUUAUGACCGCGCGCACAGGAUCAGUUUAAUCAACCCGGCGUUUAUUCCGCGGGUUAGCAAUCAAUCCCCAGACUAAUCCCGUGUAACAACAACCCGUCAGAUUAUAUAGACAUAUUCAUAUUUAUUCCACAUCUACACCAGUGCAUCGAUCUCCGUAGCGAAAAAUUGCAUCACGGAGAAAAAGUCAUUUCCGCGACCGCUCACUGUGUUAUAUAGCGCAUAUGGACGCUCUUUUCCCGGCCGCGGUUUAUUUCCUCCGGACAGCUAGUGUUGCCAGUGUAAAAGCGUAAAUGCAGCACAUGUUACCAACCAUGCUCAGCCUGUCAAAUUGACGGCGCUGUGCAAUGCGCUGUAUUGUAAUCUUUUCUAUACGCACCCGGCUUGUUCUCUUUUCAAACUUUGACAGAGAGGCAUCACACGGAACACGACAGCGAGAGCAGGAGAGAGAGAAGAGAGCGAAGGGAGAAAGUUUCUUAACCGGAAACGUGGUAUAACCGUAUAUACGCGCCCGGGUUUUGUGUGCGCGCGCAGGCGUUGGCGACACAUUGUUUCGUUUAAGUGUAUACAAUGUUGUAUAUAUAUGCCUCCCAACACACACUCACUGUCACGAUCAUGUUCCCAUCCGGACUCAGCCCGGGAUAACAGUGAUGGAUGCGCCGUGUAUUUGAUCACCUUUUCAUUGGCCUUUACACGCAUCAUGUACAACGUUUUUUUCUCUUGUGAUAUUUAUUCAGCCGUGUGUUUGUGACAAUCGCCCGCAGGGAUGGACGUCACCAUGGACACCGACAACACCUCCGCCCCCAACACCACCACCCCCACGGAAGACCGCGAGGGCGCCGUCCUCAUGGGCGUCAUCACGGCGGCCGCGUUAUUCACCAACACCUUCACCUUAAUCCUCUUCACCAAGGUCAAAUUAAACAGCUUCGACAUCUACCUCAUCAAUCUUCUCAUCGUCAACCUCCUCUACUUGGUAAUCGCGUGCCCGCUAGACAUGGUACACCGGCUGCAUCUCUUCAACUGGCCACUGUCCGACAUCACGUGUUCGGUCUACUUAUACACUUUAUGGACGCUGCAGUAUCUUCUCCCGUAUGUGCAUCUCUUAAUCUCCUUUAGCCGGGUGUGGGCGGUGGCCUUCCCCGUGCACUACAGCCGGACAGCGACGAUUUCGCGGUCGGUGGGGUUGUGUGCUGCGGUGUGGCUGCUGGCGCAUGUGAUCACCCUGCCGGGAUUGUUGUUGGACGAAUGGCUGUACCGGCGUCCGAUUAAUGUGUAUGGGUGUCAGGUGAAUCUGGAUACGGUAUGGUCGCAGAAGAUCUGGCUGCAGUUUUUGCAGAUUCAGGGGGCGAUGUGUGAGGCGCUGCUGCUGCUGGUGUACCCGUAUAUACGGUUUAAGAAGCGCCAGCGGGAUAAGUUGGCCAAUGCCCGGCAGAAUUCCCGGAUGGGAUCAGAGAACCGCUCGCGAGAGCACAUGCAGCUGGUAGCCAAGAACCACAGCGGCGAGUGCCAUUCGGACGGCAGCAUGGCCGCGACGGCCAGCAAAUCCUCGCAGAGCUCGUACGCCUUUCUCUUGUUGACCCUGCUGACCUUCAGUCUCUUCCUCCUGUGGACGCCCAACAUCGCCUACUUUCUCCUGCUAUCCGUCGCCGAUAUCCCCUACGACCCGGUGGUGGCCAACGUGGUUAUCCUCCUCUUCAACGUCCAGAUCAUCCUGGAUCCGGUGCUGUUCUUUCUGGCCAUGGGCCACCUGCGGACCGCAGCGAGCGAUAUGCUACGAAAGGUUUUUUAAGCUGACAGCGCGAUCACACUGUGGAAUACUACAAGACGGGCAUUUCGAGGGCAGUAACAGGUGCAUAAUUAGCGAAUGGGUCAGCUUUUCGGUUUUAUGUUACCGGUGAGCGAUGAAAAUAACAUUACCUUACGGUCAUGUUCUUCGAAGUGAAUUUUUUGCCCACAUUAUGUGAAUUAUUUAUAACGCAGAAGGAAAAGCUUUGCGUAAGGACUUAACUGUAUGCGCGUGUCAAAAAGUUACCAAUAUAACUGAGAAAUAAAUGCUUAUUCAAA